AUGCUAUUUUCGACAGGUCGCUGGGCGACUCGAGUCGCGUUGGUACGCGCUCGCCUACAUCGCAAUACACCCAAACUUGCUAGAAACAUCACCAUUACAUGCCGUGGGUCUCGUAUCCCAACAUCGGCUAAAGAUACCCGCCCUUACAACCACCAACGUUGUGCUGACCGUGAAAUUUCCGACCUUACAAAAGCAACAACAGUAUUCAAAAUAUUAGAGUCUCAGCAUCCUGGACUAGCAUUAAUUUCGAAUCCAAUCCUGUGGCACACAGAUUUGCACUUAGGGAAUAUAUUUGUCUCUGAGCAAGAUCCAACACAGAUUGUGUCGAUUAUUGACUGGCAGUUUAUAUUCAUUGGGCCCUUGUUUUUACAAGUAAAUUGGCCUGAAUUUCUCCAGCCCAACGAUGAAUAUGUCUAUGGAGUCGUUCAACCACAGCUUCCCAAUGAUUUUGAGACGCUAGAUGAAGCUGAAAAGAAGCUUGCAAUCUCAAUCAGAAAUGAUGCGAUUGUUACAAAAUCGUACGAGUUACGCUCUUCUUUGCAUUGCAAAGAUGUGUAUCACAGCCUAAACCUGCCGUCUGUUUUCUUAGAAACCUUCAUUCGCUGUGGAGAGGCAAGUGCCGAGGGCACAUUAGGGUUACGCGCUUGCCUUGCCGAACUCUACAAAGCAUGGGAUUCACUAGGAUUUACUGGAGAGUGUCCGUUAUCAUUUACUGAUGAUGAGCUUCAGAAUAUUGAAAGUGAAUUUAAGGAAUAUCGAAAUUGGCAUGAUGUCCAAGAAUUUGCUAGAAGAUACCUCGAUACUGAUGCGGAUGGCUGGAUAUCCCCGGAAUUGGAUUUUGCCGAAAUUCAGCAGCGCAACCGGGCUGCUAUUGAGAGAUAUGUAAAAGAAAUGUCGAGACAUAUGCCACCAGAAGAGGCUCUGGAAAUGUGGCCUUUCUUAGAGAAUACCCAGGCCGGUCGAACCACACUCUGCAGAUAG